CUUGGGUUCAGAAAAACGAAAAAGUAAAUAUAUUUGAAAAUAUGCCCAUGCUCAGCCUGUAUAUUAUAACCGGGAUCAUGUUCUACAGCGGGACACUGGCCGCUUCGACAUAGCACAUAGCACUGGGGCUGAAACAGCUGAAAUUGAUAGCAAUGGGCUAGUAUCAGUACGCCAGUGCAGUCAGUACCAAGUGUUGUUGGAAUGUAAUGCGCGAUCGAUUAUCCCCCUAAACAUUCAAGCGAUAAAAGCGUAGAUUCUAAUUUGUUGCGCCCCUGUCCGCGUCUCCACGUGUCCUCGAUCCCAGUGUCGUGUUUUGAUGCGGCUACUAUUUUGGUGCUCCAUGCCAAGUGCGGCUCCGGCAGCUGCGGUGGAAAGCCGCUAACCGUGGCAGGACGCGGAGAUGGCGGCGUCGCAGUUUGCAGACGAUCUCGUGCGUGAUUAUUUAAGGUACCGUGGCUUCUUCGGCUCCCUGAAGGCAUUCGACUCCGAGGUUAAGGCGGACAAAGACAAGGCGUUCCGUCCCGACCGUGUUGUGGAGCACCUGAGUGGAUGCGUCGAGUCCAUGGAUCUUGUGGGCCUGAGGGAUGUCUGGGCCCACCUGGACACCCACAUCUUUCGGCGCUUGGAGCAGUCAUUUACGCCAACGGUACGCAAGCUGGAGAUGGCACUGCUGCGCAUGUACGCCGUUACGUGCAUCUCCAACGGGCGGCAGGACAAGCUGACCGAGUUCUUUGACAAGAUGGCUGCCGAAUUGCACUCUCAGCAGGAGUGGAAGGAGUGGUUCGCACUUCCAUUCCUGAAGGGUGCAGAGGACAACCCGAACUUCCAGGUGUACUUCACCCGCCAGUGGCAGGACAUGAUGAUCAUCUCUCUGAGGAACUUCCUCAGUGUGGUGUACCAGAGCAUGGCCCUGCCGACGCUCCUGAGCUACGACGAAGACAUGAACAGGAUGCAGUUCCUGCAGGAGGAAAAUGAGUCGCUGAAGCAGCAGCUGGCUUCUGGUCGGCCCCAGGUGUGCGAGAGCGCCGUCCUGGCUGGCCCCGAGGAACCCAUGGACGACUUCUACGUCAUCGCCCAGGAGGCUCCAGUUUCUGAGGGGAGGAGGAUCUUUCCAUCCCUGAUGCGCACCUUCGGAAACAUUCAGACGUCUCCCAUCACGGGCCGCAAACUGCAGGGUGAUUCCAAGAGGCAGACUGGGGAUGAACAAGCCAAGAUAAAAAGGCUACAGGCAAACAGUGCUCCCGAGAGCCAGAUCUUAUCGCAAGAUGCCUCUGUGCCAGCUUCCUUGCAACUAAAGGACGGUGGCCGCCUUGGGGACAGGCUGGAGCCUUUGUCUGCCACCAAGAACCCGUCCGGUGAGCAGGACAAGCUGCUUCUGCUCAACCAGGAGGAGUAUGGCGAGCACCAGUCCUGCGUCACGCACUGCAAGUUCAGCCACUCAGGCACGCUGGCCAGCGCCGACACGGACGGGGUGAUCAAGGUCUGGAGCCCGAACCCGUCUCCCAAGACGCUGGCCACGGUGGUAUCCAAGUCGAGCGUGACGGCCCUCGACUGGGUCCACAAGCACCAGCACCUGCUGGUGUACGGUCUGAAGCAAGGAAACCUCCGGCUGUACGACACCAAAGAGCGAAGGGCCCUCUUCGACAUUGUUCCAGAGUCGGCAUCCGUGUUAAGAGAGCACAGUGUGGCCUGCCUUGCCUGCAGCCCAGUUGAGCCUGCCAUGGUCAGCUCUCUGCAUCUGGAAUCCACUGCAACGCCUCCGCCCGGAAAGCUCCUCUUGUGGGAUUUGAAAAGCAAGCAGCUCCAGGGCCAGCUCAAGUGCGGCGCGACGGUCAACUGCUGUGCUUUUAGCCGCAAUGGCCAGCUGCUCCUGUGUGGCACCGCGGGCGGAACCAUCUGCUUGUACGACGUCAGGACCUAUGAAUGCAUCAGCAGCUGGGUCUCCCAUGAGGGCGAAGUGUUCUCGGUGCAGUUUAGCGACGACGAAGCCACCUGCUUCAGCAUGGGUGCGGAGGGCAAGCUGCACCAGUGGAACGUGUACAUGACGGGCCAGCGGGUGGCCGAGUUCCCCUUGCACCCGGACUGCACGGGCCCCGCCGGCUUCCGGCCCGUUGGCAAGCUGUUCUCGCUCGGCGCCGACAGCGAGCACAUCCUGACCUGUGGCCCCAACAGCGGGAUUGUGUACAAGAUGGAGGAGAACGGCGGAUUCACCAGUGCCCUGACUGUCGGAGCCCACAAAAACCACGUGAUCACCGUGGACUGGUCCCUUGCGGGAGACUGCAGCACGUGUGUGACCGGUUCCAUCAACGGCACGAUUUGUGUCGCAACCCUGUUCAGCCAGAUUUGAGCAGCCUCGCACUACAAAAGGAUUGACGAAUGUUUUGCCCCUUCCUCUUUUGUUUUUUUAAGUGCCAGUCAUCUUACAGGUCCAAGCAUUCGAGGACAAUCACAACAAUAACCACUCGCAAAAAAAAAAAAAAAAAAAAAGGCCCAAUUUUCUCAAUUGUAACCUGCACUGUUUGUUAGCCACGCCCGGGCAUCUGCCUUUUCCCAAUAUGGCAGAGAGCCAGGCGUUGCAAGCUAAAGGAGAAGCCUAGCGAACGACGAAUAUCUGAAAACAUUUGUUUGUGAAUUUGCUCUAGGUCUGAAUUGUUAUCAUUGUUGGUAGCAUUUCUGUGUGCGGGCAUCGACUCCUGCCUCUGCCUUUUUUUAUAGACUCAAAUGGUGCGGGUUAAUACCGAGAAAAUGCUAGUAAAGCGCCAUUAUGCCACAGUCUUAAAACAUCAUCGAAUGAGUAAAAAAAAAAACGUCAAUGGCAACUCCACCAUUGCAGAAAAUUUUUUAAGGACCGUGUUUUAUUGGAGUCACGGUAAACCGACUUGCCUGGAAAUGCGCAAGUGUGUGUAGAUUUGCACACGAGCAUCUUGUGGAAGGUGAAUAUCCAUGCAUCGACAAAAAGAAAAUAGGGCCGUAAUUCGCAUGUUUCUGGUCGUUUGUAUGGCUAUGAAAACUCCAUUGAAAAGAAGGGCACAAGUUUGGCCAAUGUUGAGUUAUAUAGUUGUGUUACUGCUUUCAUAUUGUUGUUUUGUCCAACUAGGACUUUUCUCUUACGGAAGUUAAAGUGCCACGAAGGUGAUGCACUAGAACCUCUCUGCAGUAAAGACUGAUAUUGUUAAAUAUGGAUAUAUGGGGAGGUCAGGUUGAAGCAUGCUUGUAUACUAUUCAGGCUUUUCAUGUACUGAUGUAGUGAAGAUACUGAUAAGCGUACAUUCUCUCUGAAAAAUUGACUUUACUAUAGAAAGGUUCUAGUGUGCCAGCUGAUACUGCAUUUAAAUUUUCUGGCGAGAUAGGGCAACGUGCGGAGCAUUUUCAUUAUUGUAGCUUAGCAGCCAUCGCCUCGUGCUCGAGAUGCAAGCAAAGCACAUUCCAUUACAGGGGCAAUAAAAGUAUAUGAAUAGAUCUUCAAGGUAAACGAGGAAACAAGUGUGCAAAAGAAGAGAUCAACUUGUGCUCCAAGUAAACUGAACAUCUAUGCAGAUCUUUUUGUUUUCACUUGUGCUAUCGCAGCGAAACUGAAAAGCUGGUGAAUAUGUACUGUAUUUUAUGUAUUAAAACAUAGUACACAAUUUGUACAGAGAGAUAUU